AUGAGCGGAGGUAGCAGGACACGGAAGCCGCACAUCGAUAGAAGCACAGCGGCCCGCAAAGGUCGGGCCCAACAGGCCCGUAAAGCACCGCCAGAUCCAGGCCCGCCUGGCGCAGAUCCGGACCGCAAGCUCGUGGCAGCCGCCACCCCUGCCUCGUCGUCGAACGGCCGUCCCGCACAGUCGCACCCACACGCAGGGACCUCACCACCACCCAACGCGCCGCCCACCAGCUUGUGUCGCCAUCUCGAAGCCACCGUCACCGUCAGUCCUUGGCCAGCGCUGCAUGGAGAUCACCGGAGCGCCGCCUCAGGCAGAUCUGGGCCCGCCUGGCCUAGAUCCAGCCCGCUGCGAGCCCCAACAGCGAUGAAGCCGUCGGCCUCCAAGCUGCCCAGCCCGCCACCAAGACCUCCCCCGCCUCCCUCCGCAGAGAGAAGGCACAACCACCACCACCACGGCGUCGCCUCCACCAACCACUGCAGAGACGGCCGACCGCAGCCCGCGCCGGCCCAAAGCCCUCGCCGCCUGCUCCAGCCGACGCCGCCGACUGCUCCAGGCACGACACCAUCACCUUGUCGCCCGUCACACCCUCGCUACAGGACCAGCCCGAGCGCCGUCAUGCCGUGGCGCCCGACGGGAACGCCGCGCCCUGGCUCAGACGAGCUUCCCCGCGUCCACCAAUCCGAGCCAGAGGACGAGAGAGCCCCGCCGGCGCCGGCGCCGACCGGGCUUUGCCCGGCCGCGCCCUCUGGCAGCGGCGAGGAAGGGGGGGGGAGAGGAGGAGGCGGCGGCACUACGAUCUAG